UGACCUUUGUCCUUGGCUCCGUUUCCCAAUAAUCCUGUCAUGUCGAUGACCACGACCGCAUGGCCGGCCUUAUGGCCAGGCUUCUCGUCAUUUUCCUCGAGUACAAUUUACCCGCCGUAUCCUUGCUGGCGACGGUCACGGGCUCCAACGAACUAUCGGAGGGAAUGAUACUGGCUCUCGUGUUCCUGUUCGCGUUGCUGGGAUGAAUUCGAAGUUAUCCCGCGCGCUCCGCAUAUAAAUACCGACGUGGAAGGUCAUGGAUUCCGUGUACUCCACUCAUGGCGCCCCUCCGCUCAUUUCCAGGCGCGCUAGUGGGCGCGCUCGCCCUCUUGCGCGCCGUGAAUGCCCAGGACGACUUCGCCUCGGACUGCUCGGCAUUCAUCGACAAGAUAAGCCUCGACAACGUCACCGUCACCUCGACCGACUUCGUGGCAGCGGGUACUAACUUGACCGUGUACGUCCCUGCCUCGUGCGGGUCGCCGUCGUAUCAGGUCGUCAGCACCGACCUCUGUCGUGCGACCAUGAACGUCACGACCUCUGAGCGCAGCGGCAUACGUCUCGAGGCCUGGUUCCCGCAGAACUACACUGGCCGCUUCCUGAGCACCGGUAAUGGUGGUAUCGGAGGAUGCAUCCAGUACAGCGACAUCGACUAUGCCGCCUCUCUAGGCUUCGCCGCCGUCGGCGCGAACAAUGGUCACGACGGGAUGACCGGCGAGCCCUUCCUCAACAACCCGGACGUCGUCACCGACUACUCCUGGCGCUCGCUGCACACGGGCGUCGUCGUCGGCAAGCAGUUGACCGAGACCCUCUAUGGCGCCCCGCACAACAAGUCGUACUACCUUGGCUGCUCUACUGGAGGCCGGCAGGGCUUCAAGGCCGUGCAGGACUUCCCGGAUGACUUUGACGGUAUUGUGGCGGGUGCCCCGGCGUUCGCAUUCAAUGGGCUGCAGUAUUGGAGCGGCUCGUUCCUGCCUGUCACCGGAACCCCGCAGGACCCAACAUUCGUGCCCACGGAUUUUUGGGCGCAGAACAUCCACGCGGAGGUACUUAAGCAGUGUGAUUCGCUCGACGGCGCGACCGAUGGCGUCCUGGAGAACCCGGAUCUGUGCGAGUUCGACUUAACCCCGCUCGUCUGCACCGACGGCAACACGACCGGCUGCCUGACCGAGACACAGGCGGAGACCGUGCGCACCGUGCUCAGCCCCAUCUACGACAAGAACGGCACCCUCGUAUACCCACGCAUGCAGCCGGGCGCAGAGGUUCUUGCUGGCCGUGCACAGUUCGGGGGCCAGCCCUUCCUGUACUCCACGGAUUGGUACCGCUACGUCGUAUACAACGACACCACCUGGGACCCCAUGACCCUCUCCCUCGACGACUACGCCAUCGCCCGCGCCCAGAACCCCGCCAACGUCGAGACCUUCGAGGGCAAUAUAUCCGCCUUCGCGGCCUCCGGCAGCAAGGUCCUGCACUAUCACGGGCUCAUGGACGGUCUCAUCUCUUCGGAAAACUCCAAGCGGUACUACAAGCUCGUGCAGGAUACGCUCGCAAAGGGGCCCUCCGAACUCGACGAGUUCUACCGCUUCUUCCCCAUCAGCGGUAUGUCGCACUGCAGCGGCGGCGAUGGCACGCACCGCAUCGGGAACGUCGCAGGUGCGGCGGGUACAAGCGCGGACGAGAACGUGUUAAUGUCGAUGGUGCGGUGGGUGGAGGAGGGCGUGGCGCCAGAGGUCGUGCGCGGUGCGGACGCGAACGGGAGGUACUGGCGUGCGCACUGCAAGUGGCCGAAGACGAACAAGUACGUUGGGCCAGGGGAUUACGAGGACGAGGCGGCCUGGCAGUGUUCUUAAAGCCCGGGGACUCGGAGCACACCUACAAUACUCGCAGCGGUCAGAGACCUAAUUUGCUGUACCUCUGAUUUUGAUUAAGAUAGCAUACUGUAUGUGCGUCCGUACAAAACCUUCCAUAACGGGAUGAAACGGAGCCACGUGCUUGCUCCUACCGCGAGCCAAAUCACAGCCAAACUCUGAGCCCUAAUGCGGAUAACGCCUACUAU